AUGUCGGCACCACCGGGCACCGAGGCGGAGAAGAACAUUGAGAUCUGGAAGGUCAAGAAGCUGAUCAAGCGCAUGGAAGCGGCACGUGGAAAUGGCACAUCCAUGAUCAGCUUGAUCAUCCCACCCAAGGAUCAAGUCUCACGAGCGGCCAAGAUGUUGGCGGAAGAGUUUGGAACGGCCAGCAACAUCAAAUCCCGAGUCAACAGACUCUCGGUCUUGUCGGCCAUUACAUCCACACAGCAGCGUCUCAAGCUGUACUCCAAGGUGCCACCAAAUGGACUGGUCGUAUACUGUGGUGAAAUCAUCACCAGCGAAGGAAAAGAGCGCAAGAUCAACAUCGAUUUUGAGCCCUUCAAACCCAUCAACACCUCGCUCUACAUGUGCGACAACAAAUUCCACACUGAAGCGCUGAGCGAGCUGCUGGAAUCGGACCAGAAGUUUGGCUUCAUCAUCAUGGAUGGYAACGGUGCCCUCUUCGGCACACUCUCCGGCAACACGAGGGAUAUUGUCCACAAGUUUGGCGUUGAUCUCCCGAAGAAGCACGGUCGUGGUGGUCAGUCUGCUCUCCGUUUUGCCCGUCUGCGUGAGGAGAAGCGUCACAACUACGUACGCAAAGUCGCCGAAAUGGCCGUGCAGGUCUUCAUCACCGCCGACAAGGUCAACGUCAACGGUAUCAUCUUGGCCGGUUCCGCCGAUUUCAAGAACGACCUCAACCAGUCCGAUCUGUUUGACAAUCGUCUGCAGACCAAGGUCAUCAAGGUUGUGGAUGUGUCUUAUGGUGGGGAGAACGGAUUCAACCAGGCCAUUGAGUUGUCCGCCGAGACCCUCUCCAAUGUCAAGUUCAUCCAAGAGAAGAAGCUCAUCAACAAAUACUUUGACGAAAUCAGCCAAGACAGUGGAAAGGUCUGCUAUGGUAUUAACGAUACCUUGAAGGCCAUGGAAGCCGGUGCUGCCGAGACGUUGAUCGUGUUUGAGAACUUGGAGAUGACCCGCUGGCAGCUGAAGAGCAGCGAGGGCACCGAGGUCAUCUUGCACACCACCAAGCAGCAAGAGCAGGACCGAAGUCUUUUCAUGGACAAGGAGACUGGCCAGGAAAUGGAAGUCAUCGACCAGAUGCCCUUUUUGGAAUGGCUGGCCGAGAAGUUCAAGGACUUUGGCGCGACUUUGGAGUUUGUCUCGGAUCGUUCUUCCGAGGGCAACCAGUUCGUCCGCGGCUUUGGUGGUAUUGGCGCGAUUUUGCGCUACGCUCUCAACUUUGAGCAGCUUAACGUUGAUGAUGACGAGGAUGAGUUUUACGAUGCUUCGAGUGGUCUGAAGGCGCUUCCUCAGCAGUCCGCCAAGAAUGCGACUGCAACUGCUACUGUCUCAGCAGUCCAGGAGACAGAAAUGCCGAAAGCUGCGGUUGAGGGGAAGGACGAAGAUGGUCCCGAGAAGGAAGCAACCGGCCCGUCCGGAUUGACCAUGCCAGCGAUGAAGAUCAUGAGCCACAGACCAAAGGUCUCUUCGCCGCUGACUGCCGGAAUCGCGGUUUGA